CACCGCGCGCCCAGCAGCAGCGCACCAUGCACGUGAACGGCAAAGUGGCGCUAGUGACCGGAGCCGCGCAGGGCAUAGGCAGAGCCUUUGCAGAGGCGCUGCUGCACAAGGGCGCUAAGGUAGCGCUGGUAGACUGGAACCUUGAAGCAGGUGUGAAGUGUAAGGCUGCCCUCGAUGAGCAGUUUGAACCUCAGAAGACUCUGUUCAUCCAGUGUGAUGUGGCUGACCAGGAACAGCUGAGAGAUACUUUUAGAAAAGUCAUAGACCACUUUGGAAGAUUGGAUAUUUUGGUCAAUAAUGCUGGAGUGAAUAAUGAGAAAAACUGGGAAAAAACUCUUCAAAUUAACUUGGUUUCUGUUAUUGAUGCAACCUAUCUUGGUUUGGAUUACAUGAGUAAGCAAAAUGGAGGUGACGGUGGCAUCAUUAUCAAUAUGUCAUCUUUAGCAGGACUUCUGCCUGCUGCACAACAGCCUGUUUAUUGUGCUUCAAAGCAUGGCGUAAUUGGAUUCACGCGUUCAGCAGCGCCCAUCAAUGAUUGCCAAUGGAUUAAUAACUCUCAUUGAAGAUGAUGGCUUAAAUGGUGCUAUUAUGAAGAUCACGACUUCUAAAGGAAUUCAUUUUCAAGAGUAUGACCCACCUCCAUCUCAUGCA